CGCAUUCCAAAGCCGAGGAGACCACCUCCCAGCACUCAGCAGACCUGCCAUUCCACCUGCACCCUCAGGCAUCUGGGAGGCACCUUAAGGUGACUCAGAGCCUGUUAGCAGGUGAUCAUAACGGAGACAAAGCCAUGGGAGUGACUGAGCCGGGGGUGACCGGGUCUCCCUCCUUACUCUCAGCCAGACACGCCCCUUCCCGCAAGUCCCAGAUUAGUCUCACUCCCUUCUUGGGAGAAAAUAGCUCCCCAGGCUUGGGGUGAGAGAUUGGCCUGGGGAAGGAGGAGGGACACUAGUCCUCUUUGAAGACCUGUAGGCAGGGGGAGGGAGGAUGUUUGUCCUGGGUGGGGCUCUGCGCCAGGUCCUCUGGGUGGCUGUGAAGUGGCGAGGAAAGGGGUGAAAACUCUGGACUUCUGGACUUUGGGCAGGGAUCCUUCUGAGUCUCUGGCUGCUGAACAGUUUCUUCCGGGCUCUGGCCUGAAUGCCACAGCCACGGGCCGUGCUGGGUAAACAGCCCAGGCAAAGUCCUCCAGGCCAGGAUGUCGGGCCUGGUGUUGGGGCAGCGGGAUGAAUCUGCAGGGCACCGGCUCAGCCAGGAGGAGAUCCUGGGAAGCACUCGGCUGGUGACCCAAGGGCUGGAGGCCCUGCACAGUGAACACCAGGCUGUACUGCAAGGCCUGUCCCAUACCAUCGAGUGUCUGCAACAGGGAGGCCAUGAAGAAGGACUGGUGCAUGAGAAGGCUCGGCAGCUACGCCGUUCCAUGGAAAACAUUGAGCUGGGGUUGAGUGAGGCCCAGGUGAUGCUGGCUUUGGCCAGCCACCUGAGCACAGUGGAGUCUGAGAAACAGAAGCUGCGGGCUCAGGUACGGCGGCUGUGCCAGGAGAACCAGUGGCUUCGGGACGAGCUGGCGGGUACCCAGCAGCGGCUACAGCGCAGCGAGCAGGCUGUGGCUCAGCUGGAGGAGGAAAAGAAGCACCUGGAGUUCCUGGGGCAGCUACGGCAAUAUGACGAGGAUGGACACACCACGGAGGAGAAGGAGGGUGAUGCCACCAAGGAUUCCCUGGAUGACCUCUUCCCCAAUGAGGAGGAAGAAGACUCAAGCAAUGGCUUGUCACGUGGCCAGGGCACCCAACAUAGUGGAUAUGAGAUCCCAGCGAGAUUACGGACUCUGCACAACUUGGUGAUCCAGUAUGCAGCCCAGGGUCGCUAUGAGGUGGCCGUGCCACUUUGUAAGCAGGCACUGGAGGACCUGGAGCGCACAUCUGGCCGUGGCCACCCAGAUGUUGCAACCAUGCUCAACAUCCUUGCUUUGGUGUAUCGGGAUCAGAAUAAGUAUAAGGAAGCCGCUCAUCUGCUGAAUGAUGCCCUCAGCAUAAGGGAGAGCACCCUAGGCCGAGACCAUCCUGCGGUGGCUGCCACACUCAACAAUCUGGCUGUGCUCUAUGGCAAAAGGGGCAAAUACAAGGAGGCGGAGCCACUGUGCCAACGGGCACUGGAGAUUCGAGAAAAGGUCCUGGGCACCAACCACCCAGAUGUGGCAAAGCAGCUGAACAACCUGGCCCUGUUGUGCCAAAACCAGGGCAAGUAUGUGGCUGUGGAACGCUAUUACCAGCGGGCACUGGCCAUCUAUGAGGAGCAGCUGGGGCCAGACAACCCUAAUGUAGCCCGGACCAAGAACAACUUGGCUUCCUGUUACCUGAAACAGGGCAAGUAUGCUGAGGCUGAAACACUCUACAAAGAGAUCCUGACCUGUGCCCAUGUGCAGGAGUUUGGGUCUGUGGAUGAUAACCACAAGCCCAUCUGGAUGCAUGCAGAGGAGCGGGAGGAAAUGAGCAAAACCCGGCACCGUGAGGGCAGCACACCCUACGCUGAGUACGGAGGCUGGUACAAGGCCUGCAAAGUGAGCAGCCCCACAGUGAACACCACUCUGAGAAACCUGGGAGCUCUGUACAGGCGCCAGGGAAAGUUGGAGGCGGCUGAGACCCUGGAGGAAUGUGCCCUGCGUUCCCGGAAACAGGGCACUGACCCUAUCAGCCAGACCAAGGUGGCUGAGCUGCUUGGAGAGGGUGACAGUGGAAGGACCUCCCAGGAGGGUUCUGGGAGCAGUGUGAAAUAUGAGGGAGGUGAAGAUGCCUCUGUGGCUGUGGAGUGGUCAGGGGAUGGCAGUGGGGCCCUGCAGAGGAGUGGCUCUCUGGGCAAGAUCCGGGAUGUGCUUCGUAGAAGCAGCGAACUCCUGGUGAGGAAGCUCCAGGGAACUGAACCCCGGUCCUCCAGCAGCAACAUGAAGCGGGCAGCCUCCUUAAACUAUCUGAACCAACCCAGUGCAGCACCCCUGCAGGUCUCCCGAGGCCUCAGUGCCAGCAGUAUGGACCUCUCUUCAAGAAGCUGACAUUCAACCCACCCCUCAGGCCUGCGGGAUCCCCCCACAGCUCUCACAGCAUUCCCUAUUGCUCCUGGCUCUUCCAACCCCAUGGUGGGACAGUGAAGGGGGAGCAGUUAACCAGAAGAUUGCUGCUGCCCUUAGGGUCUUGGCUCCCUCCUCAGGAAUCCUUUCAAGAAGGACCCUCAGGACAUCCUCUCCCCACCUGUGGUCCUCUAGAGUAGCUAGCUCUGAGGCUCCCAGGGUGGGUAAGGAGCAGGUAUGCACCUCAGUGAUGCAGCUGGCUGCUGGCUUUUCUGUCAGAGUGUUUGGGCUGGCCAAGCAAGAUGCCUUGCCCUGGCCUCUCUUGUUCCCUCUGCUGCCUCACUUCAGGUCCAUGUAUUUCACUUUUCUUAAAUAAAAGAAUCAGGUAACCAUUC